GGAGAUACAUAAAUGAGCCAGAACUGGAGGCAGGAGUUUUUUGGAGACUUGGGAUAGAUUUGGCUGUUCAUCGCUGCACUUCAAGACGCUCCUAGAGAGAACUGCUCGAGGGAAGGCUUCGGGGCUCCGGCUCCUGCUGAGGUUCUGGGUUCUGGUUACCCCAGGUUCCAGCAGAAGAAAUCCUGCAGCUCAUGCCUGGAGAAUCGUUCCUCGGAACUGAUAUCCUUAAGCAUUUGGGCUGUCCAGUGAUUAUGAUAUCAAGAAACAUCUGGCAUAUGAGAUGGAACUUUCUCUUUGGUUCAAGAGGUUGGAUGCUCCAAUAUGCAGCCGAAGUUUUCCUCAGAUCGAUUUCCUUUAGGCCUUUCAGUGUGAAAUGUGACAGUAAAGCUAGGCAGCCUUUGGAGAAUGAGGACCUGCUGAACAACUUACUCACCAUGGGAGUUGACAUCGACCUGGCAAGGAGACGGCAGCCUGGAGUCUUUAACAGAGUGGUUACGAAUGAGCAGGAGCUGAAGUUAUUCCUUCUGUCCAAAGGAGCCAGUGACCAAGUGAUUGGCAGCAUCAUAUCAAGGUACCCACGAGCCAUAACACGCACCCCUGAGAGUCUUUCCCAACGGUGGGAUCUGUGGAGGAAGAUUAUGGCAUCAGACCUUGAAAUUGUAAAUAUUUUGGAGCGUUCUCCUGAGUCUUUUUUUCGGUCUAGUAAUAACAUAAACUUAGAGAAUAAUAUAAAGUUCCUCUGCUCAGUCGGAUUGACUCGCAAGUGCCUCUGCCGACUGCUGACCAGCGCUCCCAGAACUUUCGCCAACAGUCUAAAUUUGAAUAAACAAAUGGUUGAAUUUUUGCAGGAGACCAGUAUGUCCUUAGGUCACAAUGAUCCCACAGAUUUUGUCAGGAAGAUAAUUUCUAAAAAUCCCUCCAUCUUAAUUCAGAGCACCAAACGGGUGAAAACUAACAUUGAAUUUUUACAGUCGACGUUCAACUUAGACAAAGGGGAUCUUCUGCUCGUGAUAUGUGGCCCAGGAGCUGGAAUCUUAGAUCUUUCCAAUGACUGUACCAAAAGAAACUACACAAAUAUCAAAAAGAGGCUGCUUUCUCUUGGAUGCACUGAGGAGGAGGUACAGAAGUUUGUCCUAAGCUAUCUGAAUAUGAUCUUCCUGUCAGAGAAAAAGUUUAAUGAUAAACUAGACUGUCUUAUAGAAGAGAAAAUCAGCAUUUCGCAAAUAAUUGAAAAUCCAAGAGUUUUAGACUCAAGCAUAAAUACUUUGAAAACUCGGAUGAAAGAGUUGGUACAUGCUGGGUACGACUUGCAUACAUCAAACAUUGCUCUCCUCUCUUGGAGUCAGAAAAGAUAUAAAGCUAAAUUGAAAAGAGUGCUGGAGGAGUCGCAAGGAAUCUUGCAAGUGUAGUUAGUGCUAUUUCUAGCUU